AUGGACGUCCAGAUUCCGACGAUUCAGGUUCGUUUUGAGACCCUUUUCCUUACUCGUUUUGUUGGAAUUUUUUCAGUUCUUGAUAAAAAGGCCAAAAAUAGGAGCCAGAAGCCUCUGAGUUGCUUUGCAGAAACAUUAUUCUAGGAAUUUGAGCGACUUUGUUAUGUUUUUUUAAAGGAAAAAAAUAAUUGAAUGAGAUUUCAAAAAAAUAAGAUUUAACUGAUCUUAUCGUUUCAAAGAAGAUUGAAAUUUUGAAACCGAGUAAUAUAAUUCAAUUUUUUUCAUAAGGCGCCGACAAUGAAAAACGUUAAAAAAAUCAUUCUUUAAAUGUUUUGAAAAAUUUGGAAAAUCCCUGAAAAAAACCCUCGAAACUUCUUUUACUUUAUUUCAAUCAAAAAAACAAAAAUCUAAAAAAAUGUGGCUUCACUUUGAAAAAAACGAAAAUUUUAAAAAUUAAGCGAUUUCUUAAUUUUUCGCGUUUGUGUGUAGCAUUUCGUCAUUCAUCUGGUGUAUUUUUAAUUUCGAAUUUUUCCGAACUUUUAUUUUUUUCCUAUUCGCAACUUCUAGGUUAUUCUCAAGCGAUUGGAGUUGAUUUUUUUUUCAAAUCAUUUUUUUAUAUUUCACAAAUUUUAUAGAUUUUUCUUCUCUCGAAAAUUUAUUCAACCUGAAAAUUCUUCCAUUACAUUUUUCAGUACUCGACUGGGCAGUAACUUUCUAAAAAUUUAGAUUUCGUUUUUUUCGUAAAUUGAGAGCUUUUCUAGUUGAAUUUUUUUCAAGGUAUUUCAGAAUAACCUCCAUUAAAUUUCAUAAAUUUCAAUUUUCAUCAAACGGAACAAUUAUUUAAUUAGUUCAAUGUUUUUGAUCAAAAUAUAUUAUUUAAUACCUGAAACAGGAGCGUAAUUUAAUAAAUUUCAAAAAGUUGGAAACAAAAAUCACAAAGUCCUUUGCACAAAACUUUUCACACGGAAGUUUUUUUUUCUUGUUUAUUUUUUUAAUCUUCUCAAAAAAAGAAUUAUCAUUUAUGGACUAUGGCUUCUUCUUACAUAGAACAGCUAAAAGGGGAUAUUAAUCGCAUGAAAUAUCAUUUAUAGACAGGAAAUUGGAGUUGCGGGCAAAGAUGAAUGGAAAAAAAGGGCUUGCAAGUAUUAUAGGGACAAUUUUUUUGUGAUACUGGGAUAAUUUUUAGUUGCCACUAUAGGGUUUUGAUGUUUUAGUGGCCACUAUAGCGGUCAAACUAUUGGCCACUUGAGGGGUUAAAAAUUUGUGGCCACUAUAGAGAUCUAAGUGCUACUACUAGACCACUUGAAAUUUUUGUGGCCACUUUAAGGGUCAUUGGAUCAACAUAACUGGUCCCAUCUGUUUGUUUUGAAAUUAUCAGAGUUACUGGAAGAAAUACUGGAUUAAAAUUACUGAAGUGGCCACUAAAAGGGAAAAUAGUGGCGACUAUAGAGUCGGGUUUAGUGGCCACUUUAGUGUCCUCUCCAAGUAGUUCUUGGCGAGCCUCUUAGUGGCCACUAAAGAUUUUCCCAGUAACUUGCAAGGGCCGCAUUUGGAAUGGCUCGGCUGCAAUGAGGGCGCUUUGAAAAGGUGCGCCCGACCUUAAAACGAAUUCUGCGGGAUUAGAGAAAGUCCAAGCAGGAAUUUAGGUUAUAUCUUGAACCGCAACGCGUCGAGCCAUUCCAAAUGCGAUCGAAAGCCUUCCUAUUCUUAAAAAUGAAGUGAAUCAAUAGCAAUGGACCUGAAAAAAUUUUUUAUCAAUUAAUUUGAGUUACAGGAAGUUAUCAAUGUGAUUUUCGUUCCAAUUUUUCCAAGGAAGCCUGUGAAAAUUUGAAAAAAGGAGCAAUAUUAGCUUGAAGAGAAGAAAAGAAAAGAAUGGAAUAAAUAGGAAAAGUAAAGCGAACCCGAAGAAGUUUCGAGAGGCAGUAUAAUGACUGGAAAACCUAGCGACGGCCGAAAUUAGCCGUCACCCGGGAGAAAACAAAUCUCGCGUUCAUUUUAAUGCACUUCAAUGAACUUUACGGACUACCUUUCGAAUAAUAUUUUCUUCAAGGUUCAAUUUCGGGAAAAUUGACUUGAAUAAGGGCCACAAAUGCCCAAAAAAGGUGCUUUUUGAAGGGCUUUCAAUAGCCUCUUAUAGGGAAGGUCAUUUUACUUUCAAAAUUCGCCAGAACUUUUAAGAGAUACAAGAGGAAGAUCCUGAAAGUCUAAACCUGUAAAACUGCCCGAUUUUCAAAAAAAGACCCCUCAAAGUCAAGGAAAACCCGCAAAAUCCGUUAAAAUAGGCUUAUUUAGGCCCGUAUUUCUCAAAAACUGGGAAGUUUUGCUGCUUGAGACUUUCAUAAUCGUUUUCUGGUACCUGAAAAAGUGUUUAGACCAAUUUUUAGGAAUUUCCCAACCGCAAAUUGUGGUGGUAUGAAAAAAAAAAACCAACGAAAAUUCAAACGACGACUUUUCCGAUUUUUUCAUAUCGCUAGGGAACUUUCCGACGGCCACCUUUCCGACGAAUCUUUUUCCGACUUUUUUUCUCGAUAAACUCUUCGUUUUAAAUCUUCCUAUGUAAAGUAGGUAGUUUGGUUCAUGAUUAAAACACAAAAAAUAGGAAAAAAAAAUGUUAAUAGAUGUUUUAAAAACCGAAAAACAAAAGGGAAAAAAGUCGGAAAGGGAUUCGGCGGAAAGGUGGCCGUAGGAAAGUUCCCUAGCGAUAUGAAAAAAUCGGAAAAGUCGCCGUUCGAAUUUUCGUUGGUGGUUUUUUCAUACCACCCAAAUUGUAAUGACCUUCCUUGUGAAUGCUGUCUAUUUUUGUGACCCGAAACUUUACCGCGAUACAUAAAAGUCAUUUUUUAAGUUUUUUUCCAUAGAUAUUUAACAAAUCCACUACUUUUACAUAAUUUAUAAUCCUUGUCCUCAUUUCUUCAAAUACCUUUGUUUUCAAUAUAAAGUUCGUUUAGCGCCUUUUCAAGACUUUUUAUCGGAAAGGUCCUUUAUGAAGAAGUUUAAAUAAUUCAAAUAAACUAAAUUUCAAAAGAAGAAUAGUAAAAAGCUGAGAAAAAGUUCAUUUUCUUGAAAAAGCGAGAAAAAGAAGAUAAGAAGAAGCUUCUGAGAAAAUUGUCAGUGGUCAAUAUAGAGGCUCGCCAGAGACUACUUGGAGAGGAUACUAAAGUGGCCACUAGACUCACCUCUAUAGUGGCCACUAUUUCCCGUUUUAGCGGCCGCUUCAGUAGUUUUUCAUCCAAUAUUCCUUCCAGUAACUCUGAUAACUUUAAAACAAACAGAUUGGACCAGUUAUGUUGAUCCAUUUACCCCUAAAGUGACCACUACAAAUUUAAGUGGUAGAAUUUAGACCACUAUAGUGGCCACUAAUUUUUAACCCCUUAAGUGGCCAAUAAUUUGACUACUAGAGUGACCCCUAAAACUUCGAAACCCUAUAGUGGUCACUAAAAAAUUUCCCAGUUUUCGCACCUUUCCAGAAACAUUCGUACCCCAUAAAAAGUCACUUUGACUUUUCCGGUAAAAAGUCUGUUUUUUUCUAUCAUUUUUAUGGAAUUCUGAUCAAAAAAUAGAUGAAAAGGAACUAAAAAGUUUUUUUUUUCAAGAUGAAGCUCCCAUGCUUGAUAAAGAUGUUAAAAAAACCGAAAAAAAAAUUCUUUUUUUUUGAAUAUUAUUUGAAAAAUUUGCCGAUUUUUUUCUCGAUUUCCCUGAUUUUUUUCAGAUCGCCAGGAACCUUCUGGAAUACGCGACAAGAGGGAAUCUGAAGAAAGUCGAAGAAGAAAGUCGAAGAGAAGACGUCGACCCGAAUAUAACCGAUGCCGAGGGAAAUACUCCGCUCAUUUUGGCUUCUCAAGCUGGUUUCUUUUUUUUUUCUUCUGUUUACUGUUUCAAUUGAAAUUUAUGGUUUUUCAAAAAAAAUAUAUACAAUUAAUCAACUUCCUAGUGUUCUUAAUGCAAGUUUAUCCGAAAGCAAUGAUGAUCCCGAUUUUCAAUCAAAAAAAUCAUUUAGAACCAAAAAAAUCUAUAUUCUCAGCGACCGAAAAACCCAAAACCUUUAAAAACUAGGAAAUUCGAAGAAAAAAAGCACAUGAUCGAAAGUUUGAAAAAUUAUAAAUAAAAGGAACUAAAAAUUUUUGAAAAACUCGAAAUUUUUCGAAGUUCUUUUUCAGCUCAAAAUUGUUUAUGUUUCCAAAAUGCGUAGAACUUUUUGCAUUGUUAAAAAAAUUGUAAAAACUAAAAAUAUUGCCGGUCCAAAAAGAGGAGAUCGUGUUCAGUGAACAUUUUUUUGGAAAAAAAAAAAAAGUAAUUUUCGAUUCAAUUCCCAGAUUUUCAAAAAAAAAAAUCAGACUUUGAAACUGGUCAAAUUAGGAAAAAAUACGUCUUUCGAAAUCGUAAGCGCCUUAAUAAUGUCCGAAAACAUUUCUGAAAUUAGAACACCUCGAAAAUUAUUCAAACCGACUAUUUCCUCAGAAUGGCUAGGACACUUAGGCAUGCUGGAAAAGUCGGUCGGUCAGUUUGGAAAAGUAGGCCACGCCGCAAUAUUGCUCCAUGGAACACUUAGAAUUUCAAUCUUUUUUUUUUCUUUUCUGAAUUUUUUUUUUUUCUUUUUUCAAUUUUACUUUUACUAUUUUCAUUUAAUCGUAUCUUUCUUGCGAGUAAAAUACAAUGUUUGCUACAUUCAAAACUAUAAACUGAUUUAAUUUUUGAAAAUUCUUAUUCAUUUUUUCGGAUCUAAAAAUAACUUCAUAUGACCAAAUGAGUGAAAUUGAAAAAUUGUAUGUAAUCGGAAAGUGAGAUAAUGUGUAAAAUACACACAAAAAAGGCAAGAUACAAAAUUACCUCCAACAAAAAGUAAAACAUUACCUAGGGAAAUAAUGAUAAAUAAAGAACAGUUUUUGAAGUGAGGAGCAUGUGUCACAUAUCCUAGAAAACUGAUAAACAGAAAGGAAAAACAUAGAAAAAGAAAAAAAAAAGUAUGGAAUUCGAUUUUCCAUGGAGCAAAAUUACGGCGUGGUCUGGUUUUCCAAAUCGACCGACUGACCGACUUUUCCAGCAUGACGGACACUCACAAAGAACAGAUUCCAAACCAUUUAUCACGUUUAAUGAUUCACUGAAACUGUAAACUGCUGGAAAAUGAUCCGGCAAUUAAAAAAAUAUAUAACUGGCUAGAAAUAAUAAUUUCUUGAUGGGUAUUCCUAUCUUUUUCAGUAAUAAUUGAAAAAGAAAGGUGAAAGAACUAUUUAAAUUUUUUUCUGUAUUCCAUAAACUUUUUGAGGCUACACCCACGUCGUGGAAAUGCUGCUCGAGAAAUUCCCUACAAUAAAUAUAGACCAAACGAAUUUUCUGGGGCAGACGGCCCUGAUCAAAUCGGCGAUUCAAGGCAGAGUUUCUUGUGCCAGAUUACUCCUGAGAGCAGGUCUGUCCAUUUUUUUCAAUUUCGAAAAAAACCCAAUGAAAAAAAUUAUAAAGAACAGAUAUAGUCAAAAAAUUUCACAAAAAAAAAUUAUUGCUCAAUUUAAAGAUUUAAUUUACUUGUGGAUCAGUUUACAGUUUCUGCUCGGAAUGAAACUAUUUUUUUUUCUCGAAAAAAAAGCUAAUGUUGCAAUGAAUUAACAUUGAAGUUAAAUUUUUCAAGAUGAAAGUUUUGAUUUUCUAUUUUCGAAUUUCGUAUGAGAGCCUUAUUUCCAUGAAAACUGGGAAUUUUUUUGCAACUUUACAGGGUGACAAAUAAAUAUUCAAACGCGUUUGAAACGUUAUAACUUUCUCAAAAGUCAACCAAACACCGCCAAACUUGGAACAAAUUUUAUUCAUACAAUAUAGAAACAAAAUUCGAGAAUAGUUUUCAAAACGUCCUCCUUUAGCUUUGAUAACGGCCUUCAGUCUCUUCGGAUACGCAUCGAUCACGGCACGAGGGUAGUCGUCGUCGAUUUCGUCCCAUUUCUUGAUGAGCGCGGUCUUCAGAGCUUUGAUACUUGGGUAGUUCUUAGAAGAGACCUUCUCGGUCAGAUAUAUCCACACGGCAUAGUCCAUCGGGUUGAGGUCGGGCGAGGAAGCAGGCCAAUCAGCAGCCGAGAUGAACUCGGAAAAAUUGGCGCGAUACCACUCUUGAGUCCCUUUGGCACGAUGAGCGGGGGCGCCGUCUUGCUGGAAGGUCCAUGGUCGGUUUCCGUAGUGAGAAUUGGCUCAGGGCAACACCCUCAACUUUAAAAUCUACUCCCUGUAGUAUACUUGGUUCACUUCGACUCCAGAAUCCACAAAAAUCAGCGGAGUUUUGCCGUCAGUGGUAAUUCCGGCAAAAACCAUCACGGAAGCCGGAUGCGAAGUUUUAUUCAGAAUUUUUUCUUUUUCACAGGCACUCUGAUAGUCAGUAACGAUGAUCCGAUGAUUUUGGCCGUUCUUGUUCGCCUCCACAGUGAAGAUUUUCUCGUCGGUAAAUAGCGUCGUCAGAUGCGAGCCAUCUUUCGUGCCAGCGAGCAGCUUUCGAGCCUUUUUCAUCCGCAAUGUCUUGUUUUUUUGAUUGAGGAAGGCUCCUUUCUGCAUACGGUAGGGAAUCAUCUUCAGCUUGUCCUUGACAAUAGUUCUCAUCGAUCCUUGACUCAUUUCGUAUUCUUUUGCCAUCUUCCUCACGCUUCUUUCCGGAGUGCGUCUGAUUUUCUCUCGAACGGCUUUGACUGCUUUUGGAGUCGUGACGGUGACUGGACGUCACCUUCUGUGCAUGUCCUCUGAAGUACCGAGACGCCGAUAGCGUUGUGCAGUUUGAAAAACGAGAACACGAGACACUUUCAGCUUUUUAACGAUCUCUGAAUUUGUCAUUCCGCUUUUGACACAAUCAAUGAUUGCGGUACGGUACGGAGAUGGGGCCACCAUUACCUGAAAACUGAAAAGUAUGAGCUGUAACUUCAAACACAUGAUAAGUGAGCCUGAAUGAACGAAAUAAACAAAAAAAUUCAAAGGCCAGUCCUUUGUGCAAAAAGCAGCGAUCAAACAAAAAACGGUUUCAAUAUUUAUUUGUCACCCUGUAGAUUUCGGAUCUUCAUCCGGUACAAGUAAACUUAUUCUGACCAAUUUUAAGGAGUUUGCUGGUCAAAAUAUCAUUCAAAAGUUAUAGUCUGUACAGAUUUUGAAAGUUAAAAAGAUGACUGGACCCUUGGGGCUACUGUAUCUUUCGCGGCGAUAUUUUAUCCUGCCCGAAGAUGAUCCUUUAGCGCUUCAUUUUUUGAUUUUUUCGAUCUAACAGCUUGAGAAAAGGUCGAAAAAUUGCUGUUAAAGGGUCACCGUGGUAGAAUAUCGACGGGAAAGGUACUGUAGUCCUGGGGGCGGAGUUUGCGGCUCGGAAAUCGAAGUCUGAAUAGAAUGAAGUUUGUUCGGCGCGAGACAGUCACGUUUAAAAAGAAAGCAGAAAAAUAACUGCCGUAAGCUCAGCAUUCGCUCUAUAGAAUUGCAAAAAAAAGGGUCUUGAAGCGAAAGAUGAUCUAAUUUGAGCUCAUUUGGUAUACGGUCUUUUUGGCAGAAGAAAACGUGACAAGCUGACCUUGAAUCAGUUAUAAUAAAUAGUCGAUCCUUCCCGAUAAAAAAUGCGAGUUGGGUAGAUUGGAAAGUUUGAUGCGUUGCGUACGCGACGCGGCUUUUCGGCGGGAAACUUGAGGUCAAAAGAGACCAUUUCUCUCUUCUCUUGAUGAUUUUUUUCGAUAAUUUUUUUAAUUUUUUUAAGGGUUUGAGAGAAUUUAGUUAAACUGAAAGACGUGAAAAAAAGGUAUGAAAAAAAGUUAUUUUUUCAACAAUUUUCAAUGUUUGCUUUUGACCUCGAGCUCCCCACCAAAAAGCCGCGUCGCACACGCAACGCGUCACCCUUUGUCAAUCUUCCCAUUAUAAUCAUAUUAAUGAUAAUAUUAAUAAUAUUUUUUUUCACCUAUCCCGUCUUUCGAGCCGCGAAUUAUUGACGAUAAAAGUUCGAUAAGCUUUAGGUAGGGGGCGCAAAGCCCCGCCCCUUCACGCCACCAAAAUGACGAUUUUUUGUUGCAAAAACGGUUUUGAGGCGUUUAUACUAGCUAAAGUUCCACUUUAAAAAAAUAAACUGUUUCUGUUAAUCUAUGUAAUCGACAACGCUCUACAAGACUGAAAAAAACUUUUUAAACUAUGUAUUUUUUUCAAAAAAAUAAGCGAAAAAAAGUAAGAUUUAACACGAAAAAAACUGACAAGUUUCACAAAAAUCGUCGCGUUUCUGAAAAACCAAGUGAGGAACGCUUCCGAAUUUUGAGUAUGCUAUACAUUAACACUUUCUUUAUUUUUUUGAAUAAAAAAAUUUAAAAAAAUCUAACGACGCGAAAAAAAUCGAAGCUUGUAAAGUGACACCAAACUUUGAAGCUGAAAUGCGAAAAAAAUUUCAGCGACAUGGUAUACUUUUUAUUUGAUUUAAAAAAACUCACAAUGUGUUCAAAAAAAUAAAAAAAUUCAGAAUGAAAAAUAAUUAUUGGGACAGCGAAUCAAAUUAUAUUUGAGUUUUACCAAAACCUCCUUUUUUUCGUCUGCCUCGUUGUCGCAUGAGAGAAUAGGAUCGCGUCUAUACUUUUUGAUUAUGUUAUUAAGCGUUCAAAAACUCUAUCAAUGAAAAAAAUUAUGAAAAAAAUCUAACGACGCGAAAAAAAUAACGGCUUUGAAAACCUCGAAAAAAUGGCAAUUUUUUUUGAAAUUUUGGAAGAAUUCGUGCAAUCGUUCGUAGCUGUGUUUGCGUCAAACACACCGAUGCGCACUUUUAAAUGUUGCAGGAGCCGUUUUUUAGAGUCAAAUUACACAUUUUCCCGUUUUAUUUCGAAAUAACAUUAUUUUUCAUUUUUUCUUUUUUUCAAACCAAAUGAUAAUAAUUUUUCUGAUUAGAAAAAAGAAAAAUAAGCUGAAAAUUCCUUCUGACCUUUUUUCUAAGUAGUUUUUUGAUAUUUUAUCAAAAAUUCUUAUGAGGGUUGUACAAAAGAUUUAUGCCAAAACGUUAAGCUCAGUUCUGACAACCUCUCAGAACAAAAAACCGAUUCGAAAACGGUUCAGAAACGCGCAAAAACAAUUAAAAAGAAAGCGUGCGGCAGCGGGUAAACCGUGAGAUUUUGCCUCCAGUUGAACGCCGCGCGCGCUAGUUUUUUGGCCAUAACUUUUUUCUUAGUGGAGCUUUUUUCUAAAACUGAACGGAUUAUGAAAAUGGACAGUCUCCUCUAUCGAACAAUGUGGAAAACAUAUUUUUUGAAUCGUUCUGAAGAAAUGGCUUGCGGACCCUAGCUUUAGGAGCCGAUCCAAACAAAAGAGACAACUGCCGCGGAUUCUGCGCUCUCCAAUGGGCCGAAUAUGUCGGCAGAACCGAAUGCCGUCAUAUGAUCGCCCAUUAUAUGCUCCAACCGGCGACACCGAUAAAAAGAAAGAAAAAAACGAGUGUCGUCCGGAAGAACGAUCUCCACAAGGUGAUACAACGAUGCUCCAAAUUACGGGGCUUUUUUUGAAAUUCUUUAGACUUAGGAACGCUAGAGUGGUCUUUAUAGGGGUUAGGGAAGAAAUCAGCCCCUGAAGGGAUUUAAGGUCAGAUCCCUUCAGGGGCCCCAAAAACUCAAGUGGUCCCUAAAGGGUUUUUUAGUUUUUCGUUUAGCUUUGAAAAAUUAUUUUUGAUUUUUCAAUAUUUCCCUCGAUUUGUACUAAUCCAAAAACCAGGUUUCGCACUUGGAAUGGCUCUGAUUCCUUUUUGAAUGCAACCGACCCAAAACGACUUGCGCAUGAAAGCAUGUAGAAGUUUCAAGGCAAUGUUAAAUUCAAACCGCUAUUAAUCAAACACUGAUAUUGACCAAAUUUUGAAUGCGAAAACUCGGAAAAAUCUACAGGAAAUCUGAAUUUUCAAACCCACAACGCUACCUUGAGCACUUUGAGCCAUUCCAAGUGCGACCAAAGUAUUUUUUUUAUCCUUCCAAUGAGUGCAGACAACUUUAAAAUCAAUCAUUUUGUUCAAAAAUCGAAAAACUCGAAAAAGUUGAUCCAGGUGACGGCCGUGGCUACAGUACCCCUUCUCGGGGAUUCUGUAGAGACCGUAAUCCCAAGGCCUCGUCUUGGCUCCGCCCCCAUUCCUCGGCUCGAGAUUACGGUGGCUCCUGACGUCAGUUUAUCAAUCGAUAACUUUGAAAUUAUUUAGAAGUUUCAGAUGAUCCGCAAACACAGCUACGGUGCACACAGAAGGCCGAAAAGUUCAAUGUGUUGA